AUGCUGCCUUCAUGCUUCAAGUCCACCGACCGCCUCUUUGACGAUGGCUGCCUCGCAGGCAUCCCCAUUGGAGAUGUGCGGUCACCAGGACGCAUGGUCUUGGGGCGCAGCACGGGUAGCCAGACUCCGCACAGCAACCCGCCGGAUCUGAAUUUGGGCAUAAGCCCGAGCAUGCAGAGCACGCCGGAGGAGAGGCUUCUCCAGCCACGGCUGCAACUUUGGUCUCUUCUCUGCGCCCUUGUUGCGGCGAUCAUUAGCCUUUGGUCCCUCCGUGACCCCGACGCAUGUGUCAGCUUCACGCAAGAACAGGCAGAUGCACCAAAGAAGUGCAAGGCCUUGGAGGACUACGCAGACACCAGCACUCAUCUGCUGGGCUUCUGUUACCUGAACUGCGGCGACACAGAGGUUGUCAUCUAUGCAUGCUCCAUGGUGUUUGGCUUGCUGCUGCAGUCGUUGACCGUGUUGCCCUCGCACUGCAGCUGCGGGGAUCAGUUCCUUCGCGUCACCUGGCGUGUAGACUUCACUGGUGAUUUGGCAAUGCUCGAAGAAGAUCUGGUGCACAAGAGCAGCGGCUCUUGGAUUUGGCGCCGAGUCCAAGCUUGGACAGGAUCGCAGCAGAGCAGCUUGUUCGACUGGCUUGAAGGCCUCCUUCAGAAGCAAGAGAAGAUGCUCCCGCUCCACAUGAAGGUGAUUUAUCAGGCGGGUUUGAGGGUGGCAGUCUUCGAGGGCCGAGCACGGCCUGAGAAUGUCUUCGGCUCGUACCCGGUGGUGCUGAACGCUAGGGGCCUGUCCGCCUUGGAGUCCCUCGACCCGGCCAUCCUCGAGAAAACCAAGGAGACCGGGCUCGCAGUGAAAGAGCUGCACGUGGUGCCCGACAACAGGACUGUCGCCAAGGUUCCUACCUACGGAACCUGCAUCAUGCGAGACCAAGCCUCCCAGUUGCUUUUAGAAGCAGCAGAGACCAACGAGAAGAUCUCUUUCUUCUGGGAGCACAAGCUCGUGAGUAUUGAUUUCCAGGCUCGGAUCUGCACCUUCGAGCUUCCAGAUGGCUCGCAGAAGACGGCAGUCGCUCAGCGCUUGGUCGCAGCGGAUGGAAACCGCUCCAAGGUGCGGCGCCUGUGCCAGGAGCACGUGGCUGACUUCAGCGCAGAUGCAGAUCCGUGGGGCUUCCAGCUGCGCUUCAUGAACUCGAAGGGUGUUCCAGGACAAACUGAGGUCAACCCGGAGUUUCUCACAAGCAUGGAAGCGACCGAUGGCAACUUGCAGAAACUGAAGGAGUAUGUUCAGACCUACGCCAAGUUCGCGGCCGACAACUUGCUAGAUGAGGAGGCGUACCGCAAGUUCUACGACUGCAAGACCUUUGAAGGCGUUGUCGUCAAGUGCUCCUCCUUGAAUCCAGCAGGCUGGAUCUGCCUCAUCGGGGAUGCAGCGCAUGCUGUCCAGCCAGCUACGGGGGAAGGCAUCAACAGCGGCUUGGAGGAUGCUGCGAUGCUGGGCUUCGCCCUGAAGGAGAACGCCGACGAUGCCUUUGCGGCCUUUGACAGAAAGCAGCGGCCCAACGCACACGCGCUUCAGACACUGGCCUUGGAGGCCAAGAGCCGAGUUUUUCCUGGUCCUCCCCGAGAGCAAGCGGUGAAUGUCAUGGUGAGCAUCGGCUUAGAAAUCGCGAAGAAGCUCCGGAUUAUCGAAGGCACGAGGCAAGACUUCACGCUUGGAGUAAAAGCCCAGUCUGUUGCAAUCAGGUCCUAUGACGAGCUUGUGCAAAUGGACGAGCGGCAGAAGGGAAAGCUUCGACCACUUGCGAAUUUCCUGGCGAAAAUCUUCCGAAUUCCAAAGGAAAGGCAGGUGCAGACGCAGACGCAGAGCUGA